AUGGCCAUGAUAAAGCCCGGCUGAAGGCUGUACAGAACGGCACAACUUCAUCAGCCAGUGGUGAGAGAGCAGCAAAGAAGCCGAGAAUGGGGGACUCAAUUUGAGGAGGGGUGAAGAAAUUCAGCUUGAAACACUGCAGUAAACGAGAAGCUUUCCCAGUCAAGCUGUGCAGAGAUGGAGAAAUUCCAGGCUGCCAUGCUGCUGGGAGGGGUAGGGGAUGCCCUGGGUUACAGAAAGGCCAGCUGGGAGAACUGCACUUCAGGUGCGCAGAUCCAAGAGGAGCUGAAGAGUCUGGGUGGCCUAGACAGCUUGGUUCUCGAUGCAGACAGCUGGCCAGUCAGUGACGGUACCCUCAUGCACAUGGCCACAGCAGAGGCACUCCUAACAGAUAACUGGUCUCUUGAAGACCUGUACCGGGAGCUGGUGCGGCUUUAUGUGGAAGCUGUUGUAAAAAUUCAGUUGCGUCAACCGGACCCUGCCACCGUGGAGGGCUGCUCUCAGUUAAAACCAGACAACUACCUGCUGGCCUGGCACACCCCUUUCAAUGAGAAAGGGUCUGGAUUUGGUGCUGCCACAAAAGCCAUGUGUAUCGGGAUGCGAUAUUGGCAGACAGAGAGAUUGGAUACCUUGGUGAAAGUGAGCAUCGAGGCUGGGCGAAUGACUCACAACCACCCUACAGGUUUCCUAGGCUCCCUAUGCACAGCUCUGUUUGCCUCCUAUGCAGUGCAGGGUAGGCCUCUCGUCCAAUGGGGAAGGGAUAUGUUAAAGGUCCUCCCAAUGGCUGAAGAGUACUGCAGAAAGACAAUUCGGCACAUGGCAGAAUAUCAGGAAUAUUGGUUUUAUUUUGAAGCGAAGUGGCAGUUUUACCUGGAGGAAAGAGAAAUCGACCAGGAUGGACAAAAUAAGGCCGUCCUUUCAGAUAAAUAUGAUGCUGAAGAAAUGGACAGGAUUUACAAGAGAUGGAGUUCCGAGGGUCGAGGCGGGAGGAGGGGUCAUGAUGCCCCGAUGAUUGCCUACGACGCCCUUCUCAGCGCCGGCUCUGACUGGAAACAGCUGUGCAAUCGGGCCAUGUUCCACGGAGGUGAAAGCGGGGCCACAGGAUCGAUAGCUGGGUGUCUUUACGGACUGCUUCAUGGACUGAAAAAUGUGUCAAAAGGGUUGUAUGAGAAUCUGGAAAACCGGGUACAACUGGAGUCACUUGGAGAGAAGCUCUUUAGACAUGCCAGUUGUGAGAAGUAAUGAUAUAGCUCUGUAAUUACUGACUGUUAAAGUCACAAUGGGAAUACACCUGCAGUUGUAGGAUAGGAAAGUGACCGUUAUAUACGGUAUUUCAGCAGAACACUAAUCAUCCAACCAAGUACUGUAGUCGAUAAAUCAUUUAAUCUGUUAACCCAAUAUAUCAAAGAAGUAGAUUUACUGGGUCAUCCGUUAUUGAUAAAUCACUUACAUCAUUAGAUUUAAUCUGAAUUAACCCGAUAUAUCAAAGUAGAUUUACUGGGUCAUCCGUUAUUGAUAAGUCACUUACAUCAUUAGAUUUAAUCUGACUUAACCCGAUAUAUCAAAGAAGUAGAUUUACUGGGUCAUCCGUUAUUGAUAAGUCACUUACAUCAUUAGAUUUAAUCUGAGUUAACCCGAUAUAUCAAAGAAGUAGAUUUACUGGGUCAUCCGUUAUUGAUAAAUCACUUACAUCAUUAGAUUUAAUCUGAAUUAACCCGAUAUAUCAAUGAAGUAGAUUUACUGGGUCAUCCAUUAUUUGUAAAUAAUAUGAUAAUCAGGAUUCAUUUGGCUUGAUUUCUGAACUAGAUGGGUGCUUUGAAACCAUCUUUAAGUUUUCCAUAAAGAUAUAUACAGUAUAUGUAGUGUGGGUGAAUCAAUUUUGAGCAAUACUUUAUUAUUUCAAAAGUCAACCUCAAGUGUCCUUGCUUUGACUUUUAUGCUCAAUUAUAGCUCAUGAACAUUGAAAUUAAAAUAUGCCUUAGGGACACGCAUAUAUACUUUUAAUUUGCAUAUGUAUGCUAAUUUUCACGAUUGCUAACAAUAAUACCACAUUAUAUAAUGGAUGUUAAUGAACCAAGAGCUUUAGACAGCCCUAACACAGGUAGAAAUAAUUUUAAAAUGCACAAAGGCAAAGGAUGUAUUCAUUUUACUGUGCUGAAUUAACCAGAGAUUGGUCAUUACACACCCAAUGGUGCCUUAAAUAAGAAUGUAACCGUCCAUAUACUAGUCAAACUGGAAACUUGGCUUCCACUGGCCGCCUACCAAAGCUUUCACGCUACAUUUAGCAGUUUUUUUUAGCAACAGGCCACUCCUUGCAUUCCUCCCAUCACAGCUUUAUGGUAUGGACCUUUUAAAACUAGAGAAGAGUUUUAACAAAGCCAGCCCCAGAAGGAUAUACAGUAGAAAAUGCAAAGGUAGCUGGACUGUAUGUAUUAUAAUAUUACAGUCCAGUUGUUGUGUGCUGUUUUGGUGCUUGAGUAAAGUAGAGAAUGAUUGAAAUUGUCUCUAAAAUAAUAAAGUGAACCAAAGGGACUGAAAAUGUGUGGCUUCGUAUUCAAGGUGACUCUUUUUCACUUGAAAAAUGUUUUGUGGUUUACAUACUGUAAAGCACAGGGGACAGUUUAGUUCACGUGGAUUUACAAACUGUAUUGUUUUAAAGUAUUAUGGGUUGAGAAUGUCUGUAAAGGGGAGAUGAUCUGUAAACAACCCUCCACAGUUCAAACUACAAAGGCAGCUAAUGUAGAAUAACAGUCUAUGGGACAAAGGGAUAAAAUACUGUUAAUAGAGCAAACAUGUCAAUGUCUAGGACUGAAAUAAAUAAAUAAAUAAUCAGAAAUAAUUAAUAAAUUGCACAUGAAUCCAGGACCACAUAUUACUGGCAGUUCAGGAUAUUCUCAUCUUCCUGCAAAUAUGGCUUUAUUAGAGGCAUAUUCUUAAGAAAGCAGCGAUGUAUUAAUAUCUAAGUGUGUUUCCAUAGUGACACAUAUUGGAAAUGGAACUCUGGCAAGCCCAGAAAGAUAGGAGGCUUUGAAAAAUGACACAUGGCUCAAUGCACUUGAGUUAAUUUGAUAUGUUAUUACUAAGAUGGUCAGAACACUGUGGGAAGAAAGUGUUAGAAACCAGGCUUAAUGUAUUUGAAAUAUUGUUUUCCCAAUUGAGCUCUACCUGAGUUACAUCUAAAUCAUGUAUGCCAUAAGUGUUGUAGGUGUAUCUGAUUUGUAUCUAAGAACACUAUGCACUGUAUUGGCUGGUUUCUCAAAUAUUAAAUACUAUUCUAUAACAAACAAGAAACAGCCUAGCUACUAAUACAAGCCAUGACAUGACAUGUCUGCGUUGUGUAUUAGUAUUAACUGUACCAAGUAGCUCAAAUCAAGUGUUUACAUGUUGUACAGUAUGGGCUUUGCACACAGUUAGAUUACUUGACAAUGCCACCAAACACCAGUUUCUUCAACUACGCCUUGCGUCCCUUGACUUUGGGACAUUGUCUUCUCAUGUUAGCAGUUUUAAAGUUAUAGCUAUAAAAGCAUUUUAAAUGUAACUUGUAUUUUGAAUUUUAGAAUAAAAGUUUAUACUACCACACCCUAAGACUAUUACUCAGAGUAAUCCAUUCCAAAAGGUUUGCCUGGUCUUGAUAUGAUCCAUCCCUAGUUUUAAAAAUGGUGCCUGUCUAACCAACCCUGCUUUUCUUAAUGGCUUUUAAAGCUGGAUAUGAAUCUGUUUUUUUGUUACGUUAAAAGUGUGGUGCCAUAAAGGCUUGCGAUACAGAGGGCAUUCAAGGAAAUG